UUGUCCUCACUUGUGUUUAUGUUAAUUCGUUCAAGGAUACUGGCAUAUUUAUCUUUGUGAAGUGACAAUGUUAAACUUUGACCAGAUUUGAUAAAACACGCAGUCUAACUAGUGAAUUACUCAUAUAUGGAUUUCUCAGGUGCAUGAUAAAACUGUUUGUGGUGUGACCAAGAAAUACAAAAUAGAGCUAAUAUGGUUGAAAUGCUAACAUUUGAAGGUGAAUUCAAAGUCACUGAUGAAAUAAAAAAACGUUUCGAUGACGAUGGGUUUAUAGUUGUCAAAGACUUGCUGGAUAAAGAAGAAAUAGCACAGAUAUGGAAAGUAUUAAAUGAUCCUGAAGGUAUCUUAAAACAUGCGUAUGAGACGCUGGAACCUGAUGGUCAUAAAAUACAGCGUAUUCUGUAUUGUCAUCCCGGAAAUGAUGUCACUGGAAUAGUAUCGAGAUCAGAGAAAAUUGUCAACGCUUGUGAAAAGUUAGUUGGUGGAGAGAUGUAUCAUUAUCACGGGAAGUUCAUACUGAAAAACGCUAAUGAAGGAGGGCGCCACGUGUGGCAUCAAGAUUAUGGAUAUUGGUAUAAACAGAACUUGUUCCCGGAUAUGAUUACUGUUUGGAUGCCUUUGGAUAAAACUACCAGAAAAAACAGUUGCCUACAGUUGUUGAAAGGUUCACAUAAAUGUGGUCGUAUAGACCACGGGGCUGGUUCUGGUACCAUGCAGUCUGAGGCCGACCUUGAACGCAUUGAACAACUCAAGAAAGUAUGUCCCCAUCUUUACUGUGAGAUGGAACCAGGAGAUGUGCUUUUUCAACAUUGUAACCUACUGCAUACCAGUGACCCUAAUGACUCCGACUUGAGAAGAUGGGCGUUUGUUGCCUGCUAUAAUAGGCGGAGUAACUCCUCCUUCAAGAAACACCAUCAUCCGUCAUACACGCCCCUUCAUAAAGUACCCGACUCUGAAAUAAAAACAUGUCGGAAUUACACCGAUUUUAGUGGCAAAGAAUUUGUUAAUCCAAUAGGAAAUGAGGAGGACCGUAAAUUGUACUCACAGUACAGUCUUAGACCUCUCGAACAGGAGACAUGAGUAAAAUACAUGUAUAUAUGUACGCAUCCAGUAUUUUUGGGGGAAUCAAGUUCAAAUCUAAAACAUUUUAAGUAUGGUCUCCUUACCUACUUUUCUGUACUUCACUUUAAUUCUUUACUUUACAUGUUUACAUUUGUGAAGUAACUCACUCACAACCUCAGUCACUCCCGCCCUCGUCACUCGCUUGUUUUUUUUUACCUAUAUCGUUUCUUGCUUGUGUAUGGGACAAUGUUUUUUCUAUAUCUUGUAUUCUUACAAACCAAUGUCGUUAUAAACUUAAAAAUUAUUGAAGUCAUUCUAUCAAAUCAUGAAUGUAUGUAAAACUACACAUGUAUGUGCAUGUAUAUAUUAUGUAUUUGGGUAUGGUCUGGAAUAAAAUGUUUCAACUAAAGCAUGUUAAUGAAUUCAUCAAAUGCAGUUUGAAUAAAUUAGACAUUAUAAUAUUCUAACUGUAUGGGAUGUAAAUAAACAAAUAGAGAUCACUACAUUAAUUUUAGCAUUUGACUUUCAAACAAUAAAAUGUGAAUAUAAUCUGAA